AUUAAAACCUCUAAAAGGCAGGAUAUGUCAAUGGACUCUCAGCUUAAGUCAGAAUAUGAGCGGAUUAUUAAGGAAGAAAAAUUGAAGUAUAAGGCACUGAAGAAGUUGUUCGUGCAGGAGAAGGAUAAGUAUGAUGCUGAAGAGGAACGGGUGGGCAAGAUGAAUUCUAGACUGCUCGACCUCGAAAAAGAGAACGAAGAGCUGCGUUUUAGUAGAGACAGACUAACCAAAAAGGUCGAAGUACUCCAGAACAGGUGUAAGGAGAUCCAAGAAUCCAAGAACGAAGGCUUUAGCUUCGGCCUCGGAGGCUGGCUUGGUGGUGAGACAAUUUCCAAGGAAGACCUUGAGAAGAAGAACAACCUUAUAUCAGCACUGGAAGAACAACUUGAGCUGAAGAAUGAAGAGACUACUCAAGCUCAUGAACAGAACUUUGAGAUCAAGAAGAAAUUUAAUAAAGAAAUUGAUGAGCUGAACGAGAAAAUACACGAAAUGGAGAAGGAAAGACAGACAAAGGAAAUUGAGUUCCAAAAUUUGGUGCAGAACAAGCAACAGAUCUCCAAUGAACUCAACUCCUUAAAGGAAGAGAAGAGACAGUUGUCUCAUCAGUACAAGUCCAAGCUUGAUGAGCUGAAGCAAUUAAAAGUCAAAUUUAAGAAACAGAUAGAUCAGACUAAAGAAUUGGUAAAGAAGAACAUGAAUUAUAUGAAUGAUAAGAUAACUCAGGACCCUAUUGCGGUCCUUUUAGAAACCUUCUUAGCAGACUUCAAUUUUUCAAAUGAGCUUCGAGAAGCUGAGAACGAAGAGGAAAUUAGAAGCUUUAAGGAUGCUUAUAAAGAUGCAGAAGCAGCAAUUCUCAGCACCUGCUAUGUUCCAUAUCAUUUAAAGCAGUAUACUACUGAACAGGAAGACAUGCUUAACUUGACGAAUAGUGUCAGGAAUAUUGAGCAUCCUCUAAAUGAGAUCUGGGAUGAACUCUCAAGAGCAUUGAGAGGGAAACUUCCAACCGAUGGCUCUCAUAUUGAACAACAUGAGAUUAAGAAGAAGGUCGUUCAGAUAAAAAUGCUCUCUGACAAAGUUGGUGCCCUAAAAAUUCAAUCUAAAAACUUCUUCAAGAUUUUCCUUGACCAAGAAAAUCCUAGAAGAUGGGAUUUGGCUAUUAAAAAUGGUGCUUUGAUGAAUAAAGAAUUGGUAAAUUUACUCAAAGUAUUCAUCACUUUCCUUGAAGAUGAGCAGCUGUUAAUGGUAACAAAAGGAGAGGAAACUGGAAUGCAGGAAAUCAGUGAUAUUAACUCUGAACUUUGCUCUGUACUCAGUAAGAUCAACCAAUCGCUUGAGGGAUUGAAUAUUAACCAUAAGCUUUCCAUCAAUAAUAUUUACAACACAAUUAAGGGACUAAAGAAGGAGAUUGAUACUCUUCAGAAGACUCUGAGGAAAAAGUCUACUCUGAUGUACACAUACCUUUACGAUACCAAUGAUUUCCAGGAGUGAUCAGUAGAUGAAGAGGACGAGUUCAGUCAAUCUAAAAAUGUACUGUUUAAAAAGAUUGCUAGCUUUUUUAUGCCAUACAAGAACAUUAUCAACAAUUUACAUUGCUAUCUGGUCUCUGUUACAUCAAACACAGAGAUGGCCAGAGGGCAGAUUAGUACGUGACAGAAUUCUGUGUUGUCCAUAGAGGCAAUCGACCAUAUUCCCCAGACUGAUACUCAUAUGAAUAUAUGCAGAGUCCAGAGUGAGGAUAUUAAGCAGAAUCAUCACAAUGACUUCUUGACAAGUCUGAACAUUGUGUGUAGGAAGAGCAAACAGAAAAUGAAGGCUGCCUCCCAGAGUUAUACAGUCACUGAGGUCUCAGAGAGCGCUAGAAAGACUGUUACCCCAGGAAUGCAGCUAGAUUUUACUUCUAGCGGUUAUAAUGAGCCAAUGGAAUUUGGCCAAGCACAACGGAAUGAUUCAGCCACUCCGUAUAAAUAUGAUACAAAUAUCGAUGAGAAGUUGUCAAAUGGCUCUGGAAAUGACCCAGUAAGUAUGAGUAUGAUUGCUCCUGAUAAUUAUAAUCGGAGUGGUAAUCUUCUUGAGCCUGACUUCCCUUCAAAGGGAGCCAACUUCGAACCACAUAAGGAAGAGAAGAAAGCUAAUAUAUCUUCAAUGGCUGCCAAAAUGAAAUCAAUGCAGGAUAUGCUGAAUCAAAAGCUGAAGAAAGUGAAGAAGAUUAAUUGGGAUCUUGAGGAUGAGUAA